AUGUAUGAUAAACGGGUCUUUUUGGCGACUGGGAUUGAACUUGGGCAGGCUCGUGAUUUAGGUCCAAAAGUCUACGUUGGGCAAGCUUUUGAAUUGAGUCCAUUGGUAGCUGUAAAUUUCGGAGUUGUAGAUGUCAUAUGUGCCCAUGAUCUUGUUGAGUUUUUUGUACUUGAGUCGGUGCUGCCGACCCUGGAGUUUGAAAGUGAGUACCCUCGUCGUGUCAUUGCGAGCAUAGGUGGAGAGGAAUUUGAUUGUGGGCUGCUUGUAGGUACGUGCAGAAAGAUCGAGAAACUGGUGCCAACCAAUGUGGAAAAAUAUUUGUCGCAAGUGGUGGUCAAGGCCGAGUUGAUCCAUAGAAUCUUGGUGGUAAAAUUUUGUGGCGCGGAUUGCACGCUUUUGAAGGUUGGAAUUGAACUCCCGGCUUCGGGCACUCGUGAGGGUAAGGUUCCCAUCACUAUCAACAUGGUCGGUGGACAUUUUCUUGGAUGGCCCCGAGGAUUGAGCUUCACGCGAAGAACCAUGAGAUGCGUGAAUGGUCUUGUCCCUUGCCAUUGUACCUGUGAAUAA